CAUGAUGAAGACUAGGGUAAAUUAAAGUGUGCAACACUCCUCAGCGAACUCUGUCUGUCAGAAGUUAUCAUCACAUUUAAUUCAACAGGAAGCAAGAUUUUAGAGCCUCCUUGUACACGGACUCUCCUGAAAUUCUACAAGUAUGGCAUCAUCAGAGCUAGCACUUUUGAGUGUGUCUGACAAAAGUGGGCUCGUGGACUUCGCCAAAAGGCUGGUGAACGUGGGGUUGUCUUUGGUGGCUUCAGGUGGAACGGCUAAAGCUUUGCGUGAUGCAGGACUGGCUGUCCGGGAUGUGUCUGAACUGACUGGACACCCAGAAAUGCUGGGAGGCAGAGUGAAGACGCUGCAUCCAGCUGUUCAUGGAGGCAUCCUGGCCAGGAAAACCCCCACGGACACUAAAGACAUGGAGAAGCUGGGCUACAGCUUGGUCAGAGUGGUCGUGUGCAAUCUGUAUCCAUUUGUGAAGACCGUUUCUGCCCCAAAUGUUACUGUGGAGGAUGCUGUGGAGCAGAUUGAUAUUGGCGGAGUAACACUUCUGAGAGCAGCAGCUAAAAAUCACGCUCGAGUCACUAUUGUCUGUGACCCCGCCGAUUAUUCACUGGUCGCAAAGGAGAUGGAAAACUCGGGAGACGCUGACACUAACCUGGACACACGUAAAAGUCUGGCUCUAAAAGCUUUCACACACACCGCACGGUACGACGAAGCCAUUUCUGACUACUUUCGUAGACAGUACAGCGCUGGGGUUUCCCAGCUAUCCCUUCGUUAUGGCAUGAAUCCCCACCAGGCGCCGGCUCAGCUAUACACCCUGCACUCAACAUUGCCCCUCAAAGUGGUCAACGGUUCUCCUGGGUUUAUUAACCUGUGUGAUGCUCUCAAUGCCUGGCAGUUGGUCAGGGAGCUGAAGAAAGCUCUUGGCAUGGCUGCUGCCGCCUCCUUCAAACACGUCAGUCCUGCCGGAGCUGCUGUGGGGGUUCCUCUGACUGAGGAGGAAGCCAGAGUCUGCAUGGUUCAUGAUAUCUUGGCAGAUCUCACACCACUGGCUACAGCCUACGCCAGAGCACGAGGUUCAGACCGGAUGUCUUCUUUUGGAGACUUUAUAGCUUUGUCAGAUGUGUGUGAUGUUGCCACUGCUAAGAUCAUAUCUAGAGAGGUUUCUGAUGGCAUCAUUGCUCCCGGUUAUGAUGAGGAAGCCCUUAAGAUUCUCUCAAAAAAGAAGGCUGGAAAAUACUGUGUGCUUCAGAUGGAUCCCGACUAUGAGCCUGAUGAAGAAGAGGUGAGAGUGUUGUUUGGUCUCCACCUGAAACAGAAGAGGAACACGGCUGUUAUAAACAAGGAAUUCUUCAGCAAUGUCGUUUCCAAAGGCUCACUCUCUGAAGAAGCAGUUCGUGACCUCACUGUGGCCACCAUCGCUGUCAAGUACACUCAGUCCAACUCUGUCUGCUACGCCAAAGACGGACAGGUCAUUGGAAUCGGAGCGGGUAGACAGUCUCGUAUCCACUGCACAAGACUGGCAGGAGACAAAGCUGAUAACUGGUGGCUGAGACACCACCCACGUGUCCUCAACAUGAAGUUUCGCAGCGGAGUGAAACGGGCAGAGAUGGCCAACGCUGUUGACCAGUAUGUCAGCGACACCAUCGGAGAGGGUCCAGAUCUUGAGAUCUGGAAGUCCAUGUACGAUGAGAUCCCUGAGCUUCUGUCGGAGACCGAGAAGAAGAACUGGAUCAGCUCCAUGAAGGCUGUGGCUGUCAGCUCUGAUGCUUUCUUCCCCUUCAGAGACAACAUAGAUCGGGCCAAACGGAGUGGUGUCGAGUUCAUCGCGGCUCCUGCAGGAUCUGCAGCGGACCAGGUGGUGAUUAAUGCCUGUAAUGAGCAGGGCAUUGCUCUGGUGCACACCAACCUGCGACUCUUCCAUCACUGAGUACCAGAUUCUUUUUUUUUUUCCACCUGGUUUGACUUCAUCACAUGCUCUGGGUCUUUUUAACAACAUUCCAUUCACUUACAACAUUCCUUCUCUCAUGGAACCACAACAGUGUAGAAGUUGUUGGACACUUUAACCUCCUUUUCUAGUGUUAGAGGAAAUGGUAACAAGAAAAGACUUUUCCUUAAUAAAUAAAGCAUUAAAAUAAA